CCAGCACUUAGCCCCGCCACAUCCUUCCUGACUCCCCUCCUCCCUCCCUUCCUCUCCUCCGGGUCAGUCAAUGAAUAGCGACACAAACAGCCCGGUCUGCCUGUCGAUGUGCCCCAGCUGGCCCCUCGAAUUGGCAGUCCUGAUCGCCCAGGUGCUCGUUGAAGCCCUUGACCACCCCCGCCACACCAUGGCCGACCUCGUUCAGCCGGGCCCGGUGAACCACCUCACGGACACCCGUCAGCAGGCGAUUCUGCCCACCCUGCUGACCCCUCACGGCGAAGCACUGCAACGGCGGCACGGUCACCUUGACGCGCUUGUCGCCCUGCUGCUCGUAUCGCGUCCCGCCCACCACCUCCCUGUUGCUGCUCGUCUGUGUGGCCGCCGACUUGACAAAGUGGCCGACGGCCGCACGCACCCGGCGCCUCAGCGGCGACUCACCGAUGAGGUACUGGUCGAUGGCGGCCACAGCAGCGAGGGGCUCGUGCAGGAAGGCGCCGAUCUUCCAUGCGAUGGCCUCUGCCUCGUGUGGGCCGAAUGCCAUGUUGGAUGGGGAGGGGUGGGGGUGGGCGCCGUCGUGGUGGAGGGUGAGGGGCAGCAGACGGGCGAGAAGCAUCGAGUGGUCGCGCUGGGGGGCGAGGGCGCUGUUGAUGGCCGACAUGACGGCCUUGGACAGCUCACUCAGCACUGUCGCAUACUCGGUCAGCGCCAACUGACGCUCACGGCGCUCCUCCUCGGUGGCGGUGGGCAUGCGGGCGAUGGAUGGGGCCGCCCCGCUCCGAAGCAGCACACCGAUGGUGGUCUUGUAGUUGCGGAUCGAUCUCAAGUCUCCCUCGCGCCCAUCUUGCUGCAGCCGCUGCUGCUGCCUGAGCGUAAAGACAGCCUCUGCGAGUGGUGUCAGGUUAGGCUGGUUCAGCAGUCCCCUGCUGAUGUCGUCAGCCGUGAGCCGGCGACACAGCCACUCAGCCACAAAGGGAGAGCCGUAUGCGGCCGCCCGGUGCAGUGGCGUUUUGCCGAUGGCAUCUGUUGCCGUCAUGUCAGCACCGUGGCUGGUGAUGAGGGUGAGGUACUCGUCAAUGAAGAGCUGGGAGAACGCAGCAAAGUGCUCAUGCACCAGAUUCCUUCCACCAGCGUCUCGUUCAGCUGCGAGUGUGCUGUCGCGUUGGAUGAGCCCACGGUAGACCGACAUGAGGGCCGCCUCGUACUCACGGCUGACAGGGCGGGCAGCGAAAGGGAACCGUGGAAGCCGCAUCAGUCCAAAUCCCCGCACGUAGGUCUGACGCGCCAGGAGGGCCUCCACAGCCGUCAGAUUGCCUGUCACAAUGGCCACCCGGAUGGGCCUCAGCACCCCGCCCGCAUUGACGUCCGCCCCGCCGUCGACGAGUGCAUUGAUGAUGUCACACUGCAGCUGACGAGAGGACCACUGUGACAGGACGACGGGCGCCUCGGAGUAACAACCGCUGCUCGCGUAGAGGGAUGGGUAGUUUGUUGGGCUGUCGAUGGAGGAAGACAGGCAGCUGUAUCGACGGCGAGCGGUGCCUGCGGUGCCACGGACGUGGAGGCCGCCGAUGGCUCUCGGGUCGGCUCCUUGCCCUAUCAGCUGUGUGACUUGGGCGGCCUUGCGCCGAAGGCAGCCCUCCAACAGCUGGGAGCCCUACCAGUGACGCUCCUACCAGGGACGAUGUCGACGUCAUCCAGCCCUUUGCAGCCGGGCGGCACAGCAGGAGGUGCUUGCGAUGAGGCAGACGACGGCUGGGCCAUCACGCAGAGUCACA